AUGGGCUUUUGGAGUUUCGUUGGAAAAACAGUAAUCUCAACUGUUGUGGCUGGUUCAAUUAUUGCUAGUGGUGGUGCUACUGUUCCCCUUCUCCUAGCAACAGGGGCAACUGGUUAUGCAGCAGGAAAAAUCACGAAAGAAAUAGCAAAAGCCAACGAUAGUGAAUUUUGGGAAUGGGUAGGCGAUACCAUCUCAGACACAGGUGUCGGUGUGUUUACUGGUGGUGUAAUAGGGACAGAUGUGAUAGGAAAAGGAAGUAAAAGUCUCGCUUCCGCAUUUGCUGAUAAUGCUUUAAAAAAAGGAAUGAGAGUAGCUAGCACCAAUAGUUGCAAGGUCUUAAUCAAUACGUGGGCUUAUACAAAGAUGGUUCAGUGUGGUUAUAAAGUUUGUGGCAAUGGAAAAAAGGCUUGGGAGGCUCUUUUCAAUCUUCUUCAUAAUAAACAUAAAGAGGAGGGAAUUAACUAUGAAUCUGAGUGUCCAGUAUGCAAUGGAAACCUCGAUAAAAUUAUUUACGAAUUUAUUUAA